GUCUCGCGCCAGUCUGACUGAUGCGCCGCCGUUGCUGCGCCGCAGUUAACGGGUCAGAGUCAGCGCGUGUCCGCGGCUCAGAGACCUUAUCGCGUCAUCCACGCAGUUUCCAGCUCUGUGGAGCAGGAAGACAGGCAGCUCACGGGGGGACACGGAACUUAAAGUGGGAUGACAUCUGAGCGAUGAACAGAGGGGCAUUCCCCACUGAUAGCAGUGAUGGAGAACACAACAUGGCCGUACCCCGCAUACGUCCCCCAUUACCUCCUGCGUGGCGACCCCUUUGCUUCGAGGCUCUCCAGAGAGGCGGACUUUAUUGCAGCGUUUUACAUCUGCAUCAUAGGAAUCCUGUCUGCAACAGGAAAUGGCUACGUCAUGUAUAUGACCAUCAAACGCAAGACCAAGCUGAAGCCUCCUGAACUCAUGAUCGUUAACCUUGCCAUUUUUGAUUUUGGCAUAUCAGUGACAGGAAAGCCGUUUUUUGUGGUGUCCAGUUUCUCCCACCGCUGGCUGUUCGGCUGGGAGGGCUGUCAGUUCUACGGCUGGGCAGGUUUCUUCUUUGGCUGCGGGAGCCUCAUCACCAUGACAGUGGUGAGCCUGGACCGCUACCUGAAGAUCUGCCACCUCCGAUACGGCACGUGGUUAAAACGCCACCACACCUUCAUCUGCUUGGCCUUUGUCUGGGUGUAUGUGGCCUUCUGGGCCACCAUGCCGCUGGUUGGCUGGGGCCACUACGCCCCGGAGCCGUUUGGGACCUCGUGCACCCUGGACUGGUGGCUCGCUCAAGCCUCUGUGUCGGGCCAAAGCUUCGUGUUGGCCAUGCUCUUCUUCUGCUUCAUCCUCCCAGCAGGCAUCAUCGUCUUCUCCUACAUCAUGAUCAUUUUUAAAGUGAAGUCGUCGUCGAAGGAAAUCUCACACUACGAUGCCCGCAUACGAAACAACCACAACCUGGAGAUGAAACUCACAAAGGUGGCGAUGCUGAUCUGCACGGGCUUCUUGAUCGCCUGGAUUCCGUACGCCGUGGUCUCUGUGGUGUCGGCGUUCGGCGAGCCGGACUCCGUCCCCAUCCCCGUGUCCGUCAUUCCCACGUUGCUCGCCAAGUCGUCAGCGAUGUACAAUCCAAUCAUCUACCAGCUGGUGGAUCUGAAAAACUCCUGCGCCAACUGCUGCAUCAAGGUCGCGAAGAAACGGAAUCAUUUUAGGAAGUCGAGGUUCUACACAAUCUCCGGCUCAAUAAAGGACAGCGGACCAGCCAAAGUCGCUCACAUCGAGAUGUAAAGCAAACUGUUGAGACUGCUGACUUUUCGUCUCUUCUACCGCGGACCUUUCGCCUUCACCAUGCCCUCUGUCUGCCCAGCAGCUAACCAAUCACAUGCUGCCUGCCUGCCAUGAGGUCAUCACCUGCUCACCUUCGUUGCCGAUUCCUGCGUGCUGCAGCUCCCUGCGUGCUGCAGCUCCC